AUGAAAUCGUUUCUGAAUCAGCAUCGUGAUUCGUUGCAUUCACAUAUUUCACAGUUGAGACAUUUCGCUUCAUCACCUGGAGGUUUGGUACUAGAUGAAAUUCGUGCGAUUGUCUGGCCCGUGCUAGCCGAAGCGUUGGUACACGAUAGAGACCAGGAGACUGGUGAUUCCACAUCGGAUGGUUCAGUGACUGGAUCGGAUUCGGAUUUCGAAUCGGCCAAAUCGAAUUUUUCAGAUGAGAUCGAUUUCGCAGAGUCAUCACUAUUACAUCGCAGUGACUCACCAAGUAGUUCUAAAAACACGGUGGUGAAGCACCUCUCCAUUGAUGAUCUGAAAACGCAUCGUGAAUGGAAUCAAGUCGAAAUGGACGUACAUCGAACGUUAGCUAGAUUCCCUCCGAACAUCUCCGACACACAACGUUCCAUUCUGCAAACUGAACUGACCCCGUUGAUCGUGCGCAUUCUAUGGCGAUCACAUAGGUUUAGAUAUUAUCAAGGUUUCCACGAUGUUUGUCUAACAUUGCUACUGGUUCUGGGCCUAGAAUCUGCGGAACGAGUGGGGUUAAAACUAGCAAAAUAUGGUGCUUUCAAUGCGUAUUUAACGCAAACACUCGAAGAAACGGUUCUUCGUGAUUUGGAUUUGCUCUAUGUGAUAACGUGGCGAGUAGAUGCGGAACUGGAGAAAGUUAUGCGGUCUGUUGAGCUAGGCUCAUUGUUUGCACUGAGUUGGCCACUUACAUGGUUCUCGCAUGCAUUACAUCACUAUCGACAGAUCGUUCUCUGUUUCGAUCUCUUCUUAGCGUCACAUCCGUUAAUGCCGGUCUAUUACACGUCGGCGGUGGUUUUGUGGCGUUCAUCUGCGAUUCUGAAUACGGCCUCGAGGGAUAUGCCAUCACUACAUCAUCUGCUCAACAUUAUGCCUAAUGAUGUGCCAGUUCAAGCGUUAGCCGACGAUGCGCAAGAUUUGUUUCGGAUGUUGCCACCAUCGCUGGUUCGAGGCACAUUGCUCGAUGACUAUCGUCGAAUCUUGAAAGAGUCAUCCGUUCGGAAGCCAUCGCUACCCACACCGUCUCUGAGGGCAUGGCUUGUAGCCGGAACAGCCACGGCGUCGAUAUAUCUCCUUUCCAGAUAUCUGUUUCUAUCGCCUUCCUAA